GUCGGGCUUGGUUAAAAUUGAAACGGCGGCAAACUUGGUUCGUUGUGCACUCGACACUCUCAUUGUUUAAUUAUUAUAUCGUAAUUUGUGUGGUUGGAACUGGUUAUUUGCGGAUUAUCUCUUUUCAACUUAAAUCUAGAGAAGAUAAUGGCUGCCACGAGUAUGACGGACGUUGAAGAAAGGACGCCGAUUCAAAAAUAUUACUCGGGCCAGACCAUCUUCAUAACUGGAGCUUUGGGGUUUAUAGGCAAACUCGUGGUCGAGAAACUCUUGAGAUCAUGUUCCGAUCUGACGACGAUCUACGUGCUAGUCAGGCCAAAACGGGACAAAGAGGAGAGGGAAAGAAUAGCCAAAGAGUUCAGCAAGGAGCUCUUCUCCAAGGUUGCCAAAGAGUCGCCCGACUACAUGGACAAAAUUCAGCCAAUCGCAGGCGAUUUGGCACUGCCAAACUUGGGCCUGAGUCCGCCAGAUAUUCAGCGCAUUCAAAACGAAGUAAACUGCAUUUUUCACGUAGCCGCUACGACCAAUUUCAACGCGAAACUGCGUGACGCUACGAAUAUCAACGUACGAGCUACGGGCGACUUGAUGAAAAUAGCUAAACAGAUGAAACAUUUGAAGAGUUUUGUGCACGUGUCGACGGCUUUUGCACACUGUACCCGCAAAGAGAUACACGAGGAGGUCCACCAGGUGAGGCUCACAGGCAAAAGUCUUAUGACGGUCGUGGAUGCAUUGGAUGACGAUAUGCUGGACGCCGUCACUCCACAACUAUUGGGCGACAUUCCCAACACCUACGUAUUCACCAAAGCGAUAGCCGAAGAACUAAUACUAACCAAUCGAGACUUGCUGCCGAUUGCCAUAGUACGGCCGUCCAUAGUACUUUCAACUUUCAAAGAACCGGUACCCGGUUGGACUGACAACAUCUACGGUGCCACAGGGGUCGCUUUGGGGGUAGGUGUGGGCGUUAUAAGGACCAUGCAAGGAGACAAGGACAAUAUCGCCGACCUCAUUCCGGCUGACCUCGUAGCAAAUCAAAUCCUAGCAGCGGGUUGGGAUAUUGGCGAUCCAAGCCUGCAACAUUCUCCGUCGGAUACCAAGGAAAAGGAUUUGAUGAUUUAUAAUUGUAUCUCGUCUGCUGACAAUCCGGUGACAUGGGGCGAGUUCCAAAGGCUUUUGAUUAAAUACGGGGUCAAGUACGGUUCAACGAAAAUCAUCUGGUACUACGGCGUCUUCAAUUUGAGACGCAAUCUCUACUUCCACAAGAUUUGCGUGUUCUUUUUGCACACUUUGCCUGCCUAUCUCGUCGAUAUCGUUUUGCUACUGAUCGGCAAAAAACCAAUGGCCGUGAAAGGAUAUCGAAAAAUAGGGACAUUCGUGGAAGUAAUAUCCUAUUUCGCGAUGCGGGAAUGGAAAUGGAAAAACACCAACGUGCGAAAACUUUUCGGCAAGAUGUCAGUAGAAGACCGCAAAAUGUUUAACUUCGACGCCAGCGCAGUGAACUGGGAAGAGGAGCUUGAAAACGGAGUUAUAGGAGCGAGAGUGAACCUACUCAAGGAUCCUCUCGACACCGUGGAAGCUGGCAGACGCCGCCUGAAGCUGUUCAAAUACCUCCAUUACGCGACUGUCGCGUUCCUUUUGUUUCUGACUUAUCAAUUUGUUUUACUCGUGAUCAGACUCGCGCUAUAACCUAAAUGUUUUUUUUUUAAUUUGUUUUUGAAUUGUUAAAUAAAUGUUAUUCAAGUCCGUGUGUAUGAUACGUAACCAAUACAAUAGGUAGGUUUAUUAAACUUUAAGAAAUAGUUCAUUUCACUCGUUUCACUCAAACUUAAUUUUUAAAA